AGCCACUUCGACUUUUUUUUUGCCACGGAUUGUGUAUGUAGUUUUAAUUGUGCUCGAAAAAACUGAGUUAAAGUGGAUGCUAGCGUUAAGGAAGAGCGACCGAAAGUACUAGAUAUAUUGGUCCACGGUGUAGCGCGGCUAAAAACGAUGUCAAUGCAAUAGUUCCAUUUGAUAAAACGGCAAACUCGAAGCGUCCUCGCACUUAUUCUGUCCAUUAAGCACCGAAACGCCACUGGGAGGAAAUGGUGUCCACCCGCCAAAUGUGCAGUGGAGGCGGAAGCAGCGCAUCGGAUGGGGUUCCUGCCUUUCCAUUGGUUUCAGCAUCUGGAUCGGGUUCGGUAUCAGGCUCUAUGGUCCAGGAGCCGCCCGAGUCCAGCUCAUCGCGAGCUUUGGUCAUGCGGCGAACCAACAGUUAUCAGGGGCAGGGAUCUGGUCAGGUCGCCUCGCCGGCCAGUUUGGCCUUCUCCGCCAGCGUGGUGACUCGCCACCACUCGUACACCAUGCAAAUGCAACGACAGGAGUCCGCCGUUGGCAAGCGAACGCUCAGUUUGAUGGAUCUGCCCAACGAGCUGAUUGAGAAGAUACUCAGCUAUCUGGACUUUAAGAAAAUUUGCAUUCUCAGAUUGGUGUCGCACCACAUGAACGACAUUUGCAUGGCCAUGCUGAACUCGGCCUUCUCCAAGCAGAUCAAGACCACGUUCAGCCGCUUCCAGUCGAUCAAGGCCAGCAUGCCGCGUCGGGAGUCCGCCCGCCGCAACCAUCCGCUGGCCUGCGAGUGCGACAUCAUCGAGACGUGCUACAUGCGACUCUCCCUGCUCCAGAUGUCCAUGGGCAAGCACAUCGAGCGGGGCCACUGCUGCUUCUUUCCGGGCGCCAUACUGGACGAGGUGCAGGCAAUCCUCAACUAUAUCAGUAUUACGCCCAGGCUGCAGCGACCUUAUCGGGUGACCGACGAGCUCUUCGAUCUCUCCACCAUGGCCAUGGAGUACUUCAAGGACCGCAUCGAGUCCACGCUACCGGGUCUGGCGUACUUCAACAAGGACUUUUACACGCUGCCCACCACCACAAAGCGACCCACGCUUGCCAUCAGUUCAGAUCUCGAGGACAGUGCCAGCAACUCGCCGCCGCAGAACCACAUGGUGCUCCGCAAGGGCAUACGCAAGAUCAAGCAGGGCAUGAAGAUGUACAACAAUCAGCUGUCGGUGCUGCGCACCGAGCUACGCACCUGCAAGCGCAAGGCCGCCGAGCAGAGCAAGCAGCUGGCAGAGCAAUCGAAUCUCCUGGCCGAGCAGCAGAAGCAGACGCUCGAGUAUGCCAAUCGGCUGGACGAGAAUGACAAGAAGAACGAGGAGAUGAGUCGCAAGUUCUCCACCCUUUUGCAGGAGCUCAACAAGUGCAAGACGGAGCUGCAGUUCUGGCGCUCCAAGAGCCCGGCCAUUCCGGCCGUGUGCAGUUCGUGCAAUCAGAAGGUGGCGCCCGUUGUGCCGCCCGAGGAUUUUCAAGUGCUGGUCAACCAGGGCGUUAAUCCCGAGCACUUCAUCAUCAUCAAUGAGGAUGCCGACGCGGAUGCAGAUGCGGAUGCAGAUGCCGAUGCAGAUGCGGAUGCCGAGAGCGAUGUGAGCGUGGGCGAGCUGAAGGAGUUCGCCUCGCCGGACGAGUCCACCACGGCAAAGCUGCUGGCCGUGAGCAGUGCGGCCAAGAAUCUGAAACGCAAGCAGCCCUCGGAGGCGCAGUCGUCCAAUGCCAUAGCGUCCACAUCGAAGGCGGCUCAGGUGAUUGCCCCUCAGUCGCAGUUGCUGCCGGCGGUUGCCGCUGGUGGAGCAGGAGGAGCAGGAGGAGCAGCUGCCAAAGCAGUGGGCGGGUAUUCGGCCAAACUGUUCUACGGCAACCAUCAGCGCAGCGGCGUGAUUGUCAGUCCAGUGUCCAAGAAUGUGGCGGUGGCUCCGCCGACGGACAAUGUGGCCGCCGGAGCGGAGGGACUCGAGGAGCCCGAGGAGGCGAAGAAAGCACGUAGAGUACAAAAGGCCAACAGAUAUGUAAAUACGCCCGGCAAACGCAGUAAAUAAGCAUUAGGACUUACGCAUAUACACUUUACAUAUUUUUUACCACUUAUUUACAUAGAAAUCGUGCAUGCCUUCCAUCUCCUGACCACCAAGGAUGUGGGCCAGGGAUUGGGGCAUGCGCCGUAGUGUUAACGGAGGAAUCAAAUUAAAUAUAUACACAUAUAUCUAUUAAUGUCAAAUGCAUUAGGCAUUUCGAAUAUUAAUCAUUAUUAUUAUUAUUAUUAUUAUUACUAUUAUUAUCGAGUACAACAAACGUGUCUGUAUGUUCAUCGGUUUUAACGCCCCGCAAAAACAAUUCAAGUUAACCACCAAACUACACGAACACACACACACGAAUCCCGUAGUUAUUGGCAGAGCAAAACAGAUAAUAAUAAUUUAAAAGCAAAUUAAUUUUAACUAAGAAAA